GUGUCUUGAAAACUUAAAAACAAGUUGUUAUUGGUGUUCAACGGACGUGGUAUGUUACCGAGCUAGGGGAGACUGUACGCCUUCGCCUGGUGAGAGUCAAAUAGAGAUUUGUCCUGUGGUUUUAAACAAAACAGCACGGAUUUCGUUUGGAAGCAAACAAAAUGUUACUUUCCCAGGAAGAAAUUUAAUAACUGGAUUAACGUAUCAAUGUCUCAUCGAUGAAGUCAUGUAUGCAGCGUCAGUAAAUAUAACAUCAAUCAUUUGCCAAGAUAUACAGCUAUCAUAUUCGAAAGAGGAAUCAACGAAGAAUUUUCACGUUCUAUUCAAAUAUGGUCGUAAUGUACCGUCCAGGAACUUAGAGUCAUUUGGAAAUAACACGUUUAUAUCAGCUUAUAAGUGCGAAUACCUGUCUCCUGAUAAAAGAGACUGUAGCAAAUGUCAGUACCUGAAAUUGGUUGAAGGAUUAAAUUGUGUCUGGUGUGGGGAGCGCAAUGGUUGUGUGGAAAGGGAAAGAUGUACAGAUAACCACAUUUGUUCUCCACCUGAAAUUGACAAGAUUGAGCCAACUGAUGGACCAAUAGGAGGAGGCACAUUGAUCAAAAUAGAAGGAAGAAAUCUAGGUGCAUCUCUAGCAGAGGUUACAAAUGUGACAGUUGCUGGUGUUAAAUGUUCAAAUCUGCACUUUGUUCAAACAAGUUUGCAGUGUAAAACUGGAAAAAUUAAUAGACCUCUUUCCGGAGAUGUUAUGGUACUUGUUUCGGGACACUGGUCGAAUAGAACAGUAAAGUUUCAUUAUAAGGCUCCAGAAAUAACUGGUAUAUCCCCGGAGUCCGUCAUUAAAUCUGGAGGCCGUUUAAUACGGAUAGCUGGACAUAACAUCAACAUUGGAAACAGAAAAUACCAAGUGAUACUGUCGCCUUUGAAUUCUUUUGGACAAAACAAAACGUGCACCAUAGAUGUAGAUCAAUCAACAGACGACGGGGAAAUAUCCUGUAUUCCAGAGAAAUCUGAUGUUUUGGGUCAGCAUGUAGUACAAGUAGUGUUCGAUUCAAAAACUGUCACGGAAUUAACAGACACUUAUUUGACAUAUCUCCCGAACCCGUACAUAAAUGGAACAACACCUCCAUCAACCAACAUGAAAAGUAUUAUGAGUGGCGGACUUGGAUUUCAUGUGCACGGACAGGGGUUUGUUGAUGUCAUCGAAAAUAUUUUGAUUAGCUUGUCAGAGUCAAGUAUUGAAGGACCGAAAUGCAGUAGACAAAGUUCAGUUCUUUUAUACUGCAAAUUUCCACAAAUGCAACAGGAAGGGCAACAAACUAGAAAGAAAAGAGACAUUGUUUAUCAAACCAUUGUUAUUCAUAUCGAUGGGUUCAUGUUUGUCAUUUCAAGGACGGUCAUAUAUGUGAGCGAUCCUGUCAUUUUUGAGUUGAAUGGAAACCGUUCCUUUAAAUAUGACCCAUCGUCAGAAAACGGGAAUAUAUAUGUUAAGGGGAGUCAGUUGAACACUAUCACUGAUAUAGAAGACUAUUUCGUACAUAUUGGUAGUGGUGAGUGUAUUGUCCUUGAACUUUUCAGCGACACUUUAAAGUGUUUACCUCCAUACAAAGAACCAUCGCCACGUUUAAGCGAGGAUAAACUAUACAUCAGGGUAAGAGUUGGAAACAUCAAUACAGUCAUUGGUGUUGUUCAAUAUCCUGUAAGAGGAAUGGCAACAUCUGUAUCAAAUGAUACUCUCUAUAUCAUCCUGGCCACUUUUGCGUCCCUGAUUCUCCUUGUCUCUAUUGGAUUCAUCUUAAUUUGGCGAAGAAAACACAACAAAAUUAAGACGACUAAAAGACCAAGGAUAUCAAUGGAAAAUAUUCAGGGAGAUUCGGGAUAUGACAUACUGUGGAAAGGCCGUGAUAAUACUGAUGCAGCCUUUACAAUUCAUGUCAAUGAAAGUACAUUGUUUUUACUACAAAACAAAGGACUUCUUAUUUCAAAAGAAAAUCUUGAGAUAAACAACCAGAUAGGAAAAGGAAAUUUUGGUGUUGUAUAUGAGGGAUCCCUGACGAACACAGAAGAUUCAGAAAUAAAAGUUGCAGUCAAGACUUUACAUCAAAGCAACCCUAGAGAAAUAGAUGUUGAGAAUUUCCUGGAUGAAGCUAUAAGAAUGCACGAGUUCAAUCAUCCUAAUGUAAUGACGUUGAUAGGAAUCUGCUUAUCUCUGGAUGAAAUGCCCCUGGUUGUUUUACCAUUUAUGAAACAUGGAGACCUUCUUUGCUACAUCCGGAACGACAAAAACGUACUGACUCUAAGAACUCUGGUUGAAUUUGCUACGGAUAUAUCAAGAGGGAUGGAGUAUUUGUCAAUUCAGAGAGUAGUGCAUCGAGAUUUGGCGGCUAGAAAUUGCAUGCUUAACGAGGAUCGGCAUGCAGUAGUAGCAGAUUUUGGAUUGUCACGUGAUAUUUAUGAGAAAGAUUACUACAGUAGUAGUAACAAGAAAACAAGGCUACCAGUAAAAUGGAUGGCCCCAGAAAGCCUCGAGAAGGGAAUAUACAGCUCACAAUCGGACGUGUGGUCCUUUGGAGUCACCAUGUGGGAGCUUCUUACAAGGGGAAGUAAGCCAUACCCGGAAGUGGAUGGAUGGGACAUGUUAAAGUACUUAAAGAAUUCCAGACGGUUGCCGAAACCAACCAAAUGUCCAGACAUACUAUACAAUAAAAUGCUUAGAUGCUGGAAUUUCGAUCCCGAUGAAAGACCAUCAUUUUCAGAUCUUGUAAUAGAGCUCUCUGAAAUAGUUUCUUCAACCGAUGAAAAGCUUGAGACGCAUUCUGAUUACCAAAGUCUCCAAAACACAUACAUAAACACAGGCAUAGAUGGUUAUCUCCAGUUAGAAAAUUAGAUAUGAAAGAUAUCGAGCAUGCUUAUGAUAUGGGGUACAUAAUUUACAUUUGUUUAAAACUCUGUCAGAAACAGUAGUGCUUCAGUAGAAAUUGAAAAAUGUUUUAUUUGGGAUUUAUGUCUUUGUAGUGUUUGAAAUAUUUUAAGUUUUAUUUAAUUCGAUGUUAUUCGUAAACAUUGUUAUGUACAUGUGCUAAUUCUCUAAUUGGAACUAUAUC